UCCCGACCGCCACUUACUAUGGAUGAUGACGUGGGCAAAAACAACAAAGGGGAAGAAGAAGAGGAAACCAUCUGCAUGAUAUGCCGAAGAAGCUGUCCCGAGCGCUGACGGAGGGCGGCGAGGAGGUGGAGGAGAAGGAGGGGAUGGAGAAUGGUGAGGAGGUGGAGGAGGAGAAGGGGAGUUGUUUUCGGGACGAUGACGGCGACGAUGAUCGCUAUUCCGACCGACCAUUCCUUGUCGCUGUCCAUGCUGGAGCCGGGUAUCAUUGCCCUUCUCGACGGCAAGCGUAUCGGCAAGCCAUGCACAGAGCAUGUCUGGAAGCCGCCAGAUUGCUUCACAUAGAUAGGAGGAGGAGGGAUAGAGAAGGACGAGGAAGAGGAGGAGGAGGAGGAGGAGGAGGAGGAGGAGGAGGAGGGACAGGGGGAGGAACUGGAGGAGGAAAAGGGAGAGAAGGGGUCGGAGGAGGAGGAGGAAGAGGAGGAGGAGGAGGAAGAGGAGGAGGAGAAGAAGAGGGACGAGGAGCUGAAAGAGGAAGACAUAAAGGACUAGGAGGAUUAGAAAGGGGAGGCCAUGAUAAAGGAGGAGGAGGAGGAGGAGGAGGAGGAGAAAGGGGAGGACAUGAAGGAGGAGGAGGAGCGGAAAGGGGAGGACAUGAAGGACGACGAGGAGGAGCAAAAAGGGGAGGCCGUGGAGGAGGAGGAGGAGGAGGAGGAGGAGCAGCGGAAAGGGUAGGAGAUGGAGGAGGAGGAGCUCUUGCUGCUGUUGUUUUGGCAAUCAAAGUGCUCGAGGAGGACCCGUUAACCAACGCUGGCUAUGGAUCUAAUUUGACAGAGGACGGUACUGUUGAAUGCGACGCCAGCGUGAUGACAGAUACCAUAUUUGCUACUAGAUUGGCAGCAAACGACAAAAAAAAAGCAUUUGGUGCAUACGACAAGAGCGUGUUUGGUGCAAACGACAAACGAGCGUGCGCCACUAGCGACAAAAGAUCAUUUGGUGCGGUGGGAACAGUUCCAGGGGUUCGUAAUCCGAUCGAAUUGGCAGCGCUGUUGGCUCUUGAGAGCGCCAAGGGUCUUCUUCCUCUGGGGAGGGUGCGGCCUGUCUUCCUCGCUGGGGAUGCCGCUAGAGUGUGGGCUCGACGCCAUAGCUUACCUGCGGCAGCGAGCUCAGAGGAAGCACGCCAUUGGCUGAUUGCACCGAGAGCGAAGAAGCGGUGGAAACACUUUGACAGAUUGAUCAAUUUGGCAAAAGCUGCAGCAGAAGACAGCAGCGCCAGCGGUGGCGGCAGCAGCCGCGACAUUCCUUUUGCUCCAGCAGCUCCUGCUCCUGCUCCUGCUCCUGCUCCUGCUUGUGGUGAUCCUAAGGCUUCUACUGUUCCAACCGGUCCAAAGGCUGCUGCUUUCGCAGUUCCAGCAGGUGCAACGGAAGCUGGUUCUACUGUUCCAGGUCCAAAGGCUGCUGCUUCUACUGUUCCAGCAGGUGCAACGGCGGCUGCUUCGACUGUUCCAGGAAUAACGACAGGUGCAGAACCAGCUUCUGGUUUGAGAACGACGUCUCCUUCUUCUCGUGGUCCUAACUUGUCUGUUCAAGGUAUAACGGCUGCUGCUUCUACUGUUCCAACAGGUCCAAAGGCUGCUGCUUUUGCAGUUCCAGCAGGUGCAACGACAACUGCUUCUCGUGGUCCUAACUUGUCUGGUCCAGGAACAACAACAGGUGCAGAAACUUCUGGUCCAGGGACAACAACGGGAGGUGGUGGUCCUAACUUGUCUGGUCCAGGAACAACAACAGGUGCAGAAACUUCUGGUCCAGGAACAACAACGGGAGGUGGUGGUACAGCACCUAACUUGUCUGGUCCAGGAACAACAACAGGUGCAGAAACUUCUGGUCCAGGAACAACAGGAGUAGGUGCCCAACAGACAUCACUGCGGAGCAAGAGAAAGCAAGAAGAAGAGAACACUGGGAGCGAGCCCGUCAGGAGGAGGAGGAGGAUAACGGAUGGUGAUAGUGAGAGUGGUGGUCCAGGGCUAUGUCAAGCGGACUCUUUGAGAGAGAGAGAGAUCUGGUCCGGAUGGUGUAAUGAGAACAAAAGGAUGAAGGACAGCGACCUGAGAGAUUGCUUUUCUGGAGAUGAAGACAAUGGUGGUGAUGAUGAUGAUGAUGAUGAUGAUGAUGAUGGUGAGGACAAUGCAGAGGAGGAGGAGGACGAUCGCAUGGCUGACACUGUGGGAGCAGUGUGUAUAGACUUCCAGGGGUCGGUCUCGGCUGGGGUAUCAAGCGGAGGAAUAGCCAUGAAGGUCAGUGGGAGAGUAGGAGAAGCUGCAGUGCAUGGAUGUGGGUGUUGGGCAGAGUGUGCGGAGCAAGAGGAGGAGGAGGAGGAGGAGGAGGAGGAGGAGGUGGGAAGAGUCUGUUCAUCCUCUUCCUUUUCCUCUAUAGGCUGCAGCGUGUCUGGCGUUGGUGAGCCGAUCAUAAAGAGCAUGCUGGCUAUGGAGGUCUGCCGAGCCGUUCGAGAAUCCGGUCAGGCUGGUGCGGCUGCGGCAUGCCAUGAUGUUGUCAACAAAUUUCUGAGGCGAAUUCAAGCUGAGGACGUCCAGGCUCAUGAAGGAGGAGGAGAAGGAGGUGGUGGUGGUGGAGGAGGAGGAGGAGGAGGAGGAGGAGGAGGAGGAGGAGGUAGGUCUCUAACUCCUAAUGAUGCUGGGGUGUUGCUAGUGAUAGGAGAUUGUGGUAGAAAUGGCCUCGAAUCUGCAGAACUUGUCGCUGUUCACACGUCAUUGUCCUUUGCCAUAGCGUACAUGUCCAGCAGUAUGAAAAAGCCAAAGACCAUGAUUCUGGUUAAUGAGAAGGCUCUAGAAGGCAGGAGCAAGACUGCUAUAUCCACAUUUGGAACAAGGGUGUCACUCUCAGAUGGGAGAACGUGAUUGACAACCACGAUAAAGGCUUCUAUGCUCU